AUGAAGAAUGGACAUUGCUCAAAAUUUUUUCCAAAGAAAUUUGUUGCAGCAACUUCUUUUGACAGUGAUGGUUAUCCAAUAUACAGAAGGAGGGAUACCAAAGUCACCACUAUUAGGAAAAGAGUUCCUCUAGAUAAUAGGUUUGUUGUUCCUUAUAAUCCAAAGUUGCUGAUGAAAUAUCGAGCACAUAUCAACAUUGAGUAUUGCAACAAAUCCAACUCCAUUAAAUACUUAUUUAAAUACAUUAAUAAGGGAGUUGACAGGGUCACGAUGUCCAUGUCAGUGCAGCAACCGAACAAGGAUAAGUAUGAAGAUGUUGAUGAGAUUAAACAAUAUUAUGAUUGCAGAUAUCUUUCCCCAUGUGAAGCUCUAUGGAGGUUAUAUUCAUUUGAAGUCCAUUUGAAGUGGUCGGCUGUAAAAAACCUCAUCUACCACUUGCCCAAAAAACAAGUGAUCUUAUUUAAGGAACAACAACAUAUUAAGAAUGUGCUUCAGAGAAAUAGGAAGAAGAAUAGCAUGUUUACUGCUUGGAUGGAAGCAAAUGCUCAAUAUCCUAAUGCCAAAGGAUCUGGUGAGUUGUAUUACUUGCGGCUUUUAUUGAGUUACCAACGUGGUUGUUCAAGUUAUGAAGAUUUGAAAAGUCAUAAAAAUCAAACCUACGAAACUUUUAGAGAUACAUGUGAUGCAAUGGGGUUGUUAAAAGAUGAUCGCGAAUUCAUUGAUGGUAUACACGAUGUAGCUACCCGUUCAUCUGGUGCUUAUGUCAGGAACUUAUUUGUUACAUAUUUAUUGGGAAACACACUAAGUAAUCCCUUGAAUGUCUGGAAUCAAACAUGGCAUGAAUUAGCUGAUGGGAUUUUGUAUAAUUUGCGGAAAGCUCAUAACCAACCAGAUUUGGUUAUUGAAGAGCAUCGUCUUAAGGACCUUUGUUUAAUGGAGAUUGAUAAAAUUUUGAUGGUUAAUGGAAAGUCUCUAAAGGACUUCGCUGGAAUGCCUCGUGUUGAAGCUAACACACUAACUGAGUAUGGAAAUGUAUUGCUACUCAAUGAGCUUAAUUUUGAUACUGUUGAGAUGAGUCGCUUACAUGCUGAGAAUUUUUGCAAGCUAAAUAAUGGGCAGUCCAAGAUUUAUCAUGAAAUUAUAGAUGUCGUCAAUGCAGAUAAUGGAGGAUUUUUCUUUGUAUAUGGAUAUGGUGGAAUAGGAAAAACCUUUCUAUGGAAAACUUUGACAUAUAAACUAAGAUCUGAGAAAAAGAUUAUACUCAAUGUUGCAUCAAGUGGGAUAGCAUCUCUUUUACUACCAGGUGGUCGGACAGCACAUUCAUUAUUUUCUAUUCCCCUAUCUUUGAAUGAGGAUUCAUGUUGUGGGAUACCACAAGGAAGUCCAAAAGCUCAAUUGUUACAACUUACUAAACUAAUAAUUUGGGAUGAGGCACCCAUGGUUAGUCGCUAUGCUUUUGAGGCAUUAGAUAGGACUCUACGAGACAUCAUGAGGUUCACAAUCCAUGAUAGUUGUGAAAAACCAUUUGGUGGAAAGGUUAUUGUGUUGGGAGGUGAUUUUAGGAAAAUUCUACCAGUCAUUCCCAAAGGUAGACGAGCUGAGAUAGUUAUGUCAACCAUUAACUCUUCAAGGUUAUGGAGGUUUUGCAAGGUUUUGAAUUUAACUGAAAACAUGAGGUUGACAACUAGCACAAGUACAGGGUCUGAUGAGGAGAUUAAACGCUUUGCCAAAUGGGUUUUAGAUGUUGGUGAUGGUAAUUUGGGUCAUUAUAAUGAUGGUGAGUCUGAUGUUCAAAUUCCUAAUGAUUUGUUAAUCUAUAAAUCUUCAAACCCUAUUGCAGACAUUGUGAACUUAAUGUACCCCGACAUUGUUCAGAAUGUGGGUUGUGUCAAAUACUACUCUGACAAAGCAAUACUUGCUCCAAUGUUAGAUGCUGUUGAUUCAAUCAAUCAAUAUGCUUUGUCAUUAUUUCCUGGAAAUGAAAAAACUUAUCUUAGCUCUGAUUCAGUAUGGAGAGUUAAUGAGGAUAUUGGAAUUGAAGCUGAUUGGUUGACUACUGAAUUUUUGAAUGGUAUUAGAUGUUCUGGUAUUCCUGAUCACAAGUUGGUUCUAAAAGAAGGUGCACCUGUUAUGCUCAUGCGAAAUCUAGCCAGACUUCUAGACGGAGGAAAACAUAAUUGA